AUGCGAAGGUUUCGGGCCUUAGGCCUCCAACUGCACACAGAAGCAGACACAGGGCGCCUGCGUACACUGAGACGAGUGUCGGAGCUUUCAACUUCAUUUCGUCGUGGGGAUCGAUUCCGCUGGACACUGAAACGUAUGAAACGUGAGGCUCGGGAUUCUACAUACGACUCCAGGGCGACUCGUAAGCAGACAGUCCUCGAGCAGAUGAGGAUGUGUCGACACUUACGGGUGAACGUAUGGAGAUUUCAGGCCGAGAAACUGCGAGAAGGAGCGAGCUCGGAUGGAAAAACUCAGGAAACGAAAGCAACAGAUGGGAUGAGGCUGCUUGAAAACUUCGAUGACCUGCGGAAACAGAGUCACAAAACAAUGCCCUCAGAGCGGGUAGCUUGA